AUGGGAUGCUCUAUUUAGAAACACUAAUCAAAUCGAUUAUAUUCGAAAAAUAACAAAAAAAGGUCUUUAUAAAAGCAAACAUAAGACAUUGAUCAAUCAAAAUAAUAAAUUACAAAAUCACCUCCAACUUUUUCAAAACCUUUAUCUCCUUUGACAAAUUCCAAAUAGUUAUCAUAAUAAUAAUAGAUAAAGAUUCAAGAUAUAAUUUUUACCAAAAAAAGAAAUUCUAAGUAAACAACAUUGUUGAAAGCUGAUGAACAAUAUCAAUUUUAACAAACUUUAAUUGGACUUAUCAAAAAAUGA